UUUGUGGGAAUACAGCGAAGAUGGAAGUUUCCCCUGAAACUAAACUUAGCAAGCAGUUAGCAUUUAGUUACCAGAGUUUUAGUUCACCUCAGGUGGAAGACGGUUUAUCAUCCAAUGACUUGGUUAAAAAACAUGAUCUCAUCCCUCUGAAGCAGCUGGUCUCUGGUAGCCCAAACCUGUCUGAUCAACAUCUGUCCAACGUCAAAGAGACAAAUGAGGACUUCUCCAGCUGGGGCACACCUGUCCCUGUUUAUGUUGUGUGUAUCAUUUUUGCAGCUGGAGUGACCUUUGCAUUGAUCCUGCAAAUUUACCUGGGUGAAAGUUUGGUAUGUCAUGACAUCACAUUUGCAAGUCAAACCAUUUGCAUCACUGCAUUAUUCAUCCUCACCACUGCUGCUCUGCAGGCCUCUAUAAAUGGUGUGCUGGUGUCGGAUCAUGAGCGCUGCACUGCACUCGGUCAGCGAGUCCUGCAGGAUGGUGGAUCCAGUGUGGAUGCAGCUGUGGCUGGUGCCCUGUGUCUGGGUGUUGUGCAUCCACAUGUGUCAGGUGUUGGUGGAGGAGGAGUGAUGCUGGUUCAUGACAUCCAUAAGAAUCAAACUAGGGUGAUAAAUUUUCAAGGGACUGCACCUAAAACAUUCAGAAAGGAGAUGCUGCAUAAUGUUUCAGGGCUUAAGGCAGGGCUGCAGGUCGGAGUGCCUGGUAUGCUCAAGGGGCUGCAGCAUGCUCACAGCCUCUACGGCAGUCUGUCUUGGGAGGAUGUUGUCAGCAGAGCUGCAGAUAUAGCCAGAGAAGGUUUCACUGUGACGGACAGUCUUGCUGAUGCAAUAUCAAAGGUGGAAGGUGAGCAGCUGUCCCAGCGCUUCAGGGACAUUUUCAUCCCAGAAGGCCGAGCUCUGCAGGCUGGAUCAUAUGUGAGGAUUCCUGGUCUGGCAGGAGUCUUAGAGGCUGGUUUGUCGAAUUUCUACUAUGGGAACUUAUCACAAGAGAUAGAGGAUGAGGUACGAGCAAAUGGAGGCGUCCUGAGCAGAGACGACAUCAGUAACUAUAGUGUGGAGGUAGAACAACCACUUGAAGUCCAGUACAACGACUAUAUAAUUCAGGUUCCUCCACCUCCAUCUGCUGGUGCAGCGCUGAUAUCAGCUCUCAACAUUUUAAGUGAGAACAAUAUCACAGAAAAUAAAACUCACCCCUGGAUUGCUGAGGCUAUGAAAGCAGCUUUAUUUAUGACGUAUGGGUUAGGCAACCCUAAAUAUAACUCUUCAGUGAUGGAGCAGCUGAGCAAAAAUCAGACUGAAAUGCUUCUCCAGAGGAUGAAUCACUCCCACACACCUCCAUCUGACUCUGGACAAGUAGUAGUCAUGGGACCAGAUGACCUCCUGGUCUCUGUUGCAAGUUCCUUGAACAGGCCGUUUGGGAGCAGAAUCAUAACCCGGUCAGGCAUCAUCCUCAACAGCCUCCUCCUUGACUACUUGUGGUCAAAUAAAACUCAAAGACAGCUUCAACCUAAACAGAAAAACAGUGCAGAUUCAGAAGAGAGACCCCUAUUGCUGCUAAUGCCCACAAUAAUGGUGCCGGCUGGGCGUAAAUGUGGCAUCUACACGGCGCUCAGCAGCUCAGGUGGACAAAAUGUUCUACAUACAAUCACUCAGGUGCUGACCAGUGCACUGCUCCUCGAUAAAGAGAAAAAAGACAGCCUCAUCCUGGGAGGAGUCCAGCCUCAACCAAACAGACUUCUUGUUGACUCUGCAUCUCCAGAGGAAAGUGUGCAGUUUAUUCAUGCGGAGGGACACGUAGUUCAGAGAGGGAAAACUAACUCUGCUGUCCAGGGGAUCCAGAGGAGGGAAAACAUCAUUAAGGUCAUAAAAGUCUGAUAGUUUAGUGUAGUGUUAUUGUUCUCAUGAACUUUACUUUUACAAGGGAUAUUUAUAGAGGUGUUGUUUUGCUGCUUUUGUGAUUAUAAAUGUAUUUUGGUGAUGCCUCUAUUGACAUCAGUCAUUGACUAAAAACAUCUACUUUCUAAUUAAAGAAGGCACCUGUUCAUGUUAA